GAAUAUGAAUCGGGAUGGACAAGUACUUCAAAGAAACUCUUCUGGAGAACAAUCUCCCCGUUAUCCUCGCUGUCCUCAGUAUCUGGUACAACGACUUCUACGGCGCUCAGAUUCAUGUCCCCCCUUACGACCAGGACCUGCACAAGUUCACCGAUUACUUCCAACAAGGCGAUAUGGAACUGGACUUAUCAUUAGGGGUGCGGCGGGUACGAACGGCCAACACCCGUUCUACCAACUCCUAUAUCAAGGAACAAAACUCGUCCCUGCAGACUUCCUUGCUCCCUGCGCCUCUCCAACUAUUUCGCGCAACUCGAGGCGCUGGCGUUUGGCAAGACCAAAGAAGAGGUUCGUAAAGAGCUCGGCCCCAAUGCGAGGGAGGAGGUCGUGAAGAGUAAAGUGUUCGAGAGGAACCAUCCGAGCAACAGUAUUUUGUUCCCGUUGUUGACGCCGAGAACGCUCGGCGCGUUGAUUGUGCUGUGCGAACAUAAGAUCUUCACGCAGGGCGUUAUCUGGGGUAUCAACUCCUUCGAUCAAAUGGGUGUUGAACUUGG